AUGGACACCACCGCCGCGCCCCCUGCGAUCCAGGUCAUCGACAAAUCAGACCACACGGACCAGCGCGUGGUGGCGCUCUCUGACCAUGUAGCGGCGCCGCUGACGGCGGCCGGCUCGGUGCGCGUGCGCAGCCGGCUGCUCGCCCUCACGACCAACAACUUCACGUACGCGAUGCUGGGCAGCAUCCCGCCGCUGUCGUGGCACUACGUGUGGAAGAUGCCUGCGGCGCUGCCGGCGCCGUUCAACAACACGGAAAAGUACUGCCGCAUCUCGGCGUGGGGGUACGGCGAGGUAGUCGAGAGCACCGUGGCCGGGCUGCCGGCUGGCACGCAGCUGUACGGGUACUGGCCGCUGGGCACGGCCGCCGAAGACAUGCGCGUCGAGCCCGGGCCUGCCGCGGGCAUGUGGCACGACACCAGCGAGCACCGCAGUCGGCUGAUCCCCAUCUACAACCGCUACACGGUGGCGGCGGCGGGCGCCACGCGCGGCAGCAAGGGCUGGGACGCGCUCAUGCAGCCGCAAUUCGAGACGGCGUACAUGCUCAACCGCUUCGCCCUGUCGUGGGACGCCGCCGCGUCGCCGCCCAUCCACCCGCUCGGCGGCAACCCCGCGCCGGGCCUGAUUCCGGACCCCGCGUGGACGGCCGAGGACGCCGACGUCGCGGGCGCGCUGGUCGUGCUGCUCGCGCCGUCGGGCAAGACGGGGCUGGCGCUCGCGCACCAGCUGCGGCACGGGCGGCCGGCGGCGGCGCGCCCGCGCAAGGUCGUGGCCGUGGGCUCGGAGCGGUCGCGUGCGUUCACCGUUGAGACGGGCUUCUUCGACGACGUGGUGCUGUACGACGACGUGGCCGACGCUGCGGUGCUGGAGCGGCUUACGGGGAAGACCGUGCUGGUCAACUUUGGCGCGCGUGGCGAUGCGGGCGAGAAAUGGAUGGAGGCGUUACGCGCUCGCUGCGAGCGGCUGCAGGUCGUGGUGGUCGGCUCGGAGCCCGUGGCCAAGGCGCGCAGGGUGCUGAGCUUGCUGACGCAGGAGGAGGGCAGCGGCGUCGUGCAGACCAAUGCCGGCGGGCUGCGCGAGAAAGCCAUUGCCUUGUUGAGCGCUGCUGUGUACCUCCCGCAGCAGACCGCCGCGUGGGAGGGGUUCAAGGCCGAAGGCGCUGUUCCAGGACUGCGUUUGGAAUGGGGACAGGGUCUCGACGCUCUCAGCCACAGCUGGGAUCGUCUGGCCAAGGGAGAGUAUGGGCCAGAGGUUGGGUUGGUGUAUGAGGUGUAG